AUAUACGGUAAUUCUGAGAUCAUUACAUUCUUAUGGUGACUAUGAAGUGACCCAUCAAUCUUUAAUUGAGGUAAUUCUUCACAUACCCUUAGUAAAACUCAAUCAUUCUGGCAUAUCGCACCCUUCAUAAAACUUUGAAAGUCUGACUAAUUAUAACCUAAAUAGUGACAAAUACACGGACAAAAUGUCACAAAAUAAUCAUCAUAGUACAACCUGAUAACCUGCAUUCGCAUGCCGUCAAUGACUAACAGUUGUAUAGUCAUUGCUUUCUCCUGCGUGUUGCCAUACAGUUGUCAGUAUAAUAAUAUGAGGCUGAGUCAGACCGAGCGGCGAGGCGGCAAGGAGCUCACAGCAGCUCAGUGCCCACCACUGCAACCAGAUACCAGCUUACCAGGGUUCAGAUAAGACGUCAGUUUGGACUGGAGAAGCUGAGGAACGCAGCAAGACGAUUAAGGUACGCUGGCUGAUGCGGAGAACAUCAAGGAGACAAGUGAAGAGAAGUAAAGUGAAAAAGAGAGAAAAGCUGUGAGAAUCAGAACGACAAAAAUAAGAAAGGUGCUAGAGAGAAAAGAUAACAAAUAUAUAAUACAGUAUAUAACCGUAACACACGCAGAUAACUCAAAACAGGAUCAGAACAAGGAAAUAAAAGGGACAGGAAGCCGAGGAAAGCGAGAACAAGGAACCACGCAGUCAAGAAGGAACUUUUAAAACAUACAGCACCACAAGGCGAAAAAAAAAAGUCUGUACAUAAUGGGAGAAGAAGCAAAAUGGAUAAGAAAAGCGUCGGGAGUCGAGAUUUCAAUGGAUGUGAUGAACAAGUCCGAAAUGUUGCUAGUGGCGUACAGACUGAGCUUUUCUGCCCGACGCCCUGUGCAGGCCCAGGAGGUGCAACAGGCUCUACGCCUCCUCUUCAGGAAGACACCGAAUCUCCGGGUGUGCCUGGCUGAGAAGGAUGGAGAAAAGUGGUUUAAAGAAGUAGAUGAGAAGAUGAUAGACUUUGAGGUGUCAACAGUGGGUGUGGAGGAAGUAACCCAGUUCAUUCACACUGAGUCCUAUCCUGAGGACGGCACUCUAUGGCGAGCACGUCUUGUACCUGUAGCCACUCCCUGCUACCACCCACAACAUCUCUCCAGCUUCCACGCCGACCUGCAGGACACCUUCCCACACUGCUACCACCUUAUGUUCGGCUUCAGCCAUGCUAUUGGUGACGGCCACACAUUCAUCAGGAUAUGUGCCGCCUUUAGCCACAUUCUGGAUAGUGUACUGUCAGGGCAGGAAGUGGACACAGAGCAGAUAGGAUGCUUUGACCUAAAUGAGGAGUAUGACAGAAAGACCGAGGAAAUGAAGGAAAGGUUGUUCAAGGAUGAAGCGUGGAAGGAGGAAUGCAUUCGUGAGGUGAAUCAAGGAAAGCCUGAGUCCGAUGUUUUGCAGCACCUCCUGUCUCCCAGCGAGGACUGCCCCAAGAAAACAUUGCUAUAUACGCAAACUCUAGACAAGACAGCCACAACUCGUCUGGUUGAGAAGUGCCGAGCUGCCAAGGUGACCCUAAGCUCAUGUAUGGCUGCUGCAUGCAACCUGGCACUGGUGGACCUAGUGGUGGAGAAAGGUGUGGUGCAGGACACUUAUUCUGUAUCAAAUAUGCACAUGAUCAACAUGAGAAGGACAUGGCCUAAAGAGACAACUGAGCGUGCCUUUGGCUGCUAUAUAGCAUCAUCCCUCCGCCAGUUCUUUGUCACCCCACGUACUGUGAGUGACGACCAGUUCUGGCAAUACGCAAAGGAAAUUCACAGCAAGUUCUACGGUCUUCUGCAAGACGAGCGGUUCACGGAAAAGGCAGCAUUUGUUCUGUGGUGCUACGGCACUGGAAAUAUGCAACACGUACAAAAGGAUCUCAGCUUCAACACUCGAGGUAAUAUUACACAGCGGUUUGAAGGCACCAAGGAGAUUACAGUAACCAAUUUACUUUCUUCAUCCUCCAUUCACAAGUCUUCUAUCCCGUGGGAUGAUGUUGUUGGCACAGUGCGAGGCCGCCUGAGUCACACCACCAAGUACAACACAAGCAUGGUGAGCGAGGACACGGCACUCCGGUACAGUGAUUUGGUGUAUGCACGGCUGCUCAAGAUAGCCACUUCUUGAGCUGGAAUGAUGAUUUGCUUCCACCAAGUGAACGUGAGUGCUGAGAUGCCUGCAGGAAUAUCUUGGUCUUCUCAAGUCUAAAGCCUUUUUUUUUUCUUCUUUUUUUACUAUUGUCAUCAAUAGAGUGAUUUUGAUAUGCCCAGCAUGAAGUAUUGCAUAUGUAUUUAAUCUAUUUACACUGUCAGUAAUAAAGAUGUGACCGGGAAUAGUUUAAUAAGAGUUAUAAAAUAAUAUAUGGGUGA